GUCCAACAAACAGAGUAAGUGACUAAACUUCACGGUUUGCUAUAAUGUUAAAGACUUUGAAGAGUGAAUAUAUAACUUAAUGUCGUAGAGAUCCUGAAAAGUAAGGAGGAGCAGACUGUUACGAAACUUUAACCACGCUCCAUCUCACGCAGCUUUGAGAGACUCUCUUAUCUUGGGUCUACGUUCUUCUAUCUCACGCCCUCGUACGGACGGACUGGUCAUGCAGACUUUCUGGUGCAUACUGGUGAGCAGUUUAAACCUGUUCCUCUUGGGUACAGUGACUUCCUCUCCGAGCAGAAGCAUGGAGCACAGCAGCGGCGCUCAGAAGUCAGUGCGAAAUGGCUCUUCUCUGUGCGCUGGGGAGCAGGAGUACAUCCAGAAGAGGAAACAGGUGUCUGUUCAGGCCCUCAGAGAUCUGGGACUCCCCUGCACUGUGGAGGAGGUGCCGCACAUUGCCUUUCUGGCCUCUGGAGGGGGCCAGAGGGCUGCGGUUUCUCUGGUGGGCUCCCUCUCUCAGAUGUCCCAGGACAGGCUGCUGGACACUGUGCUGUACUUGGGAGGAGUGUCUGGCUCCACAUGGUCCAUGGCAUUCUUGUACAGUGACCCCCAGUGGAGCAGGACUCUGGACUCUCACAUGUCCUCCCUGCUCACAGCCAACACUGUGGAGCUGGAGCUGGUCCUGUCCUGGGUCCAUGAGAAAGCACAGAGAGAGGAGUUCUCCCUGACCGAUGUGUGGGGAGCCCUGACCGCUGCAGGAAUCAUGAAGAAGUGGGACACCAGGAAGCUCUCCGAGGAGGCUGUGAGGAACACUCUCAACCCAUAUCCUGUCUAUGGAGCCAUUGAGCAGCACUGCUUCCAGGAGGGACCCAUAGAAGGCCAGUGGUUUGAGCUGACCCCACAUGAGGCAGGCUUCUCAGAGCUGGAGUUGUUUGUGGAGACCUCGGCUCUAGGCAACAAGUUCAAGGGAGGAGUUCUGCUGGAAAACAGGCCAGAGAUGGACAUGAUCCAACUCCAGGGAAUACUGGGCUGUGCUCUGGCCAAUGAGACGAUAGAGCAGUACAUCCCUGACUGGCUCAAUGUUCCAGCGUACCAGGACACAGCGGCUCAGAAAUACCUGCAUAGUUAUAACAUCAUCGCUACAUUUAUAAGCCUGACCAAAGCUUAUGUGACCAAUGAAGAAGUACUCAAACACAUCAACAACCUCCAGACCGCUCUACAAGACAAAGUGAACCGUAAUGAGUCAGUUCAUCUGGAGUCCCUAAGCCCGGAGCAGAGAGAGCAGCAGUUCCAACAGUGGACCUCCGAGCUGGGGACCGUGGUUCAGGACUGGACCGAGACUCUACCGCAGGGGCCUGUCAAGACUCACGUGUCUUUACUGGUGCACAAGAUCAUACCCCUCAUACUGCGGUGGGAAUGGGGAACAGUGAAGAACUUCCUCUACCAAUAUGAAGAGUUGCCUAUUCCAGCCUUUUUAGCCUCUACGGAGCAUGUGCACCUGAUGGACGGCGGGCUGCUGGUUAACGUUGCCUACCCCUCCUUCCUGGGGCAGAGACGGGACAUUGACCUCAUCAUUGCCCCGGAGUACAGUGCGGGGAACAUGUUUGAGACUCUGACCCUGGCUCGGGCGUACGCAGCAGAGGUGCGGAAGCCCUUCCCACAACUGGAUGACAAGAUCCUGGAGGAGGAGAAGGACUGGCCCAGAGACUGCUACGUGUUUGAGGGCAACGACACAGCUCCUACUGUGGUCUUCAUGCCCCUCUUCAACAGACGCAACUGCAAAGAUGGAGAAGAGUGGUCCCAGAGGAUGGAGCAGUUCUCCACAUUUCAGAAGAGCUAUAGCCCUGACAUGAUCAAAUUUCUGCUGGAGACGGCCCAGGAAAACAUGAGGAACAACAAGGAGACCUUGCUCAGAGAGAUCAGCAAAGCUCUUCAGCGCAGGAGGGCCAGAGGUCAGGCUGGACAGGUCCAACCAGAACAGUAGUCCCACCAAGUCUGAAGAUACAGCACAUGGAGGCGGUCAUCUUGGAGGUAGAGGGACUCAGAAACUACCUUCAGAUAUAAUAUGACCUGACCAUAACGCAGAUCAUCGUAGUAACUACAGCAUUCUUUGAGCUUCUAAUUUUAGCUCGGUCUAUCUUUUAAUACUGUAUUCUAUUUCUAUUAUCUAUAUUGUACUGAUCAUUAUUUUAAAUAUAUUUGUUAUAUUUAUUAUAACUGUUCCCUGUUUCCAUAAAGAUUUUAUUGCUUUGCCUGGAAUUUUCCACAUUAAGUCAUUAAACCAUGCAGAUAAGCAGAGGUGGGUAGUACUAAGUUACAUUUACUCAGUUACAUUUACUCAGUUACAUUUACUUGAGUAACUUUAAAAAAACAAAAAAAAAAACCCUUUUCUAACAGCAUACUUAGUAACAGUAAGUAACAGUACUAUUCAGAAUGACAAAAUGCAAUGACAGAAAUCUUACAUUGACAAUGCGAAGUGAUUCAAAGAUUUGUUUCUUGUACUGCCCCUUCAGCUGUAUUUAUACAUCCUUUGAAAAUAGGAUAAUGUGCUCAUCAUAUUUCCACCUUCAAAUGACAUUAACUUUAAAAUGUAAAUCAGAUGUUACAUCUUGACUCUUCAAGUUACUCUUACUUGAGUUGUACUUUUCCCAAACACUUGUAGCCAAAUACGUUUUUACUCUAACUCUCUUGGACUACUACUUUGCACUUCUACUUGAGUAUUAUUAUGUUGAAGUAAUGUUACUCUUAUUUAAGUACAAUUUUAGCUACUCUACCAACCUCUUGUUUUAAUUGUUUGGGCCAUACCUUUAUUUAACACAACAGAGCGCAGUUUGAAAUAGAGAUGGGGCUAAACUGGGACCUGGUCUAGACUAGGACUAAGACCAGGACUGGAGCAGUACCAAUCCAAGUCUUUAUCAGGACUAAACUGGGCUCAAACUAGUGAUAUGACAUAAUGUGAUAUUUUAUGUAGUGCAUAAUUUCAAAGGGUAGACACACUUCCACUUUCAGUUUAAACACUUAAAUCUGAGUCUUGGUCAUUUCUCUCUGUGGUUAGUUUGUAGAUAAAUUCUCACAUCAUAAAAACAAAGUCUCUUAAAUGUCUCUUUGAAAUGAACAGAACCAAAAGAUUCAGAUCAUAUAAAAGAGCAGUUACAUUUACUCAGUUACAUUUACUUGAGUAACUUUCUAAAGAAGUUCUAGAUCAUAGAAAACUACUUUUUUAGCAGCAUACUUUUACUCCUACGUGAGCUAUGUUUUUAUUGACUAAUCUCACUUGAGUAAAACUUUUGGUUACUGAGUAAGUGACAAAAGCUUUAUGUUGACAAUAUUAAAUGAUUUAAAAGAU